GGAGGCUCAAAAUAUGUUAUAUCUUCUAUACGCUCUCUAUGAUAAAAGCCCUUGAUUUCAAGAUGUGAAUGCAACUUCAUACCUAACGCCAAAUAUUCCAACAGUAUAUAAGGUUGGAUGAGAUUACCUAAUAUUUUGUGGCAAAUAGCAAGUAUAGAGAAAGGACAGAAAAAAAUAUUGUCUGCUUAACUGCCACCACACUACACAUGCUCUCCUACUGCCUACUUCACCUUUUGUGAACUUUCACAUACAGUAUAAACUUUUCCUUCUUUCCUCAAAUUUCUUUCUCUCUUUCUUCGAUUUUUCUAUUUUUCUAUUUUGGUGGCUUCAUUUAAUGAAAACAAACUAACCAUGGCAAACCAAUGUGAUCUCCAAGUUCAUAUCAAUGGUCAACAAACAUUCUUUCUUAAUCAGUCUCACCCAACAAUCUCAUUAGAAGAAAGAUCAAGGCUAUGUAGAUGUCUAAACUAUGAAAAACUAUCCCUAGAAGCAUACAAAGACCUUGCAAAAAACCCAAGAGUCCCUCCAAGGCUAGCUGUUCAAGCACUUGCCUCUCAAAAACAUACAAAUUAUGACAAUGACAAAGCAAUUGAAUUUUACGACAAAAGUUCUCAUAAAAGUAACAACAGCAACAACAAUAACAAUGACAAACAUAUUUUUACAUAUGAACAAACGACAAGAACUCAACAUCAUCAUCAAUAUCAAGAUCACGAAGAUUGAGAUCAAAAAGAUCAAGAUCAUGAAGAUCGAGAUUGUUGUCAUUUAGAGCAUAUAAUGGUCAUCGUUUAAAUUAAAUAAUCAAUUUGAAUAAAUUGAUUUGAGAAUAUCCCAAGGUUGCAAAGUUUAUGUUUUUAGCAAAAAGUAAUGUUCACGGAUCGUGAAACAACUUGCGGCUCGCUAGAAAGGAAGGAAAAACUACUGUUUUGCGGUAACAGCAGGUCGCGGCCCGCGCGUUUCGCGCUGUUUUGCGGAUUCUUCUUUGCAAAGUUAGUUUAUCCGUUUGCUAGUUAUAAUGUAACUACCAACGGUUAAAUGUGGUUAUUUUAACCGGAUAUAUUGGGAUAGAUUGAUUGAAAGACGACAUUAGUUCGUGAACCAAUCUUGUGUCUCAUGGAGUAACAUGUUGCUUCGUGAAAAGGUGUAAGCUAUUCUAUAAAUAUAGAAGGCUUGUGUGGUUAUUUUCGAUAUGGAAUUUCAGAUUUCUUUUCUUCUCGAGCACUUUACAUAGAGAAUUUGCAAUCCUCGAUUGUAAUUGUCUGUAUCUUCUUCCAUUUAAGUUUUCCUUACAUCGUUCUAAAUUCCUUAUGCUAGGAAUUUAGUGUAAUUCUUUGUAUCUCAGAACAUAUUUCCGGUUUAUUCUCAAGCACCGUAGUAGGGAUGAAAUGAUGUUUUAGGAAAGAGCAUCUCGCCUAGAAUUAAUAUCAAGUUCAACAAAAUCUUUUUGUUACUUUAUUCGGGAUUGAAGAUCAUUUUCUCGGAGUUCUCGGUGGUGUACAUAAGCAUAGUUCUACAAACUUAUAACUUUAUUUUAUUGUUUAUUUAAUAAAUAAAGUAU